AUCGAUUUGGCGGGGGGGGGGGGCCCUCUCGGUCAUGAAUGUUCAGAAGUUAAGCGAGUUGCUCUCCCCGGAAGCUCGAACAUCUCUUAUGCGGCAAGACUACAGCAUCAAAAUCUCACUGGAGUUUAUCAAAGAGCGUGAGAAACGGGAUAUUGUAGGCAGUGUGUUGACGGCUCAGCAUGACAGACAGCCCUGCAUCAUGCGGUUCCGAAGAGAUCUCAUUAGACCGUUGACCGAGAGAGCGUCGAGAGCGCUACAAGAGCUUGACAUGUUCUUGCAAAUUACUGGGGCCCAUACACAGUCAAUGCUACAUCUGUCCUCGCUGGAUCUUCCAGCAGGGAGCAUUAUCUUGUUGGAUAAUCGCCGUUGGCUGUAUGCACGAAGUAUCAUCAAAGAUCCAGAACGUCAUUUGCGUCGAGUGCGCUGGGAUCCCGUUCCCUUUCAGUGAUUCUCAUGUUUGGUAGUUCAAAAUAUCCUUAUGUUUAACGGAAAAGAUCGAUCGUAAUGCUAUUAUUAUACACGGGAAGGCGCUGUGUGCCCGCACACAGCGGUCCCUUGCCUACUGGCCGCCCACACACCACCAGACGCAAAGGAAUACAACAACAACAAAUCAUAUAUAGGAUACAUAGGAAGGAUCACGAGGCCCACUUAUUUCUCUAAUGAUCAUCCGCCGAUCAAUAUCGAAUUUAUAGAUUUCCAGGCUGCCUAGUCUAAAGAAACUUUCCU